UCUUAAGCACAGCUUUUCUUCUUUACCUGUCCAGGUAGCCUCUGUUUUCAUUUGUCUUAAUGAAAACUUUUUUAUUUACAUCUCAAGUUUCUUUUCAAAGCAGUCGAGAACUGAAACGAAUGGGGAUUGAACUGCUUUGCCUGUUCUUUCUAUUUCUAGGAAGGCACGAUCACGUACAAGGUGGCUGUGCCAUGGGAGGUGCAGAGACCUGCGGAGACUGUUUGCUCAUUGGACCUCAGUGUGCCUGGUGCUCUCAGGAGAAUUUUACCCAGUUACCUGGAGUUGGUGAAAGGUGUGAUACUCGAGCAAAUCUUCUAGCUAAAGGAUGUCAAGAAAACUUCAUCGAAAACCCUGUCUCCCAAGUAGAAAUACUUACAAAUAAGCCUCUCAGUGUAGGCAGACAGAAAAAUAGUUCUGACAUUGUUCAGAUUGCACCUCAAAGCUUGAUUCUUAAAUUGAGACCAGGUGGUGAACAGACUGUGCAAGUGCAAGUUCGCCAGACGGAGGAUUACCCAGUGGACUUGUAUUACCUCAUGGACCUCUCGGCCUCCAUGGACGAUGACCUCAACACAAUCAAAGAGCUGGGUUCCCUGCUUUCCAAGGAGAUGUCUAAAUUAACUAGCAACUUUAGACUGGGCUUUGGCUCCUUUGUGGAAAAACCCGUCUCCCCUUUUAUGAAAACAACGCCAGAAGAAAUCGCCAACCCUUGCAGUAGUAUUCCAUACUUCUGCUUACCUACAUUUGGAUUCAAGCACAUUUUGCCAUUGACAAAUGAUGCUGGAAAAUUCAAUGACAUUGUGAAGAAACAGAAAAUUUCUGCUAAUAUUGACACACCUGAGGGUGGAUUUGAUGCAAUUAUGCAAGCUGCUGUGUGUAAGGAAAAAAUCGGCUGGCGGAACGACUCCCUCCAUCUUCUGGUCUUUGUGAGCGACGCCGAUUCUCACUUUGGAAUGGACAGCAAAUUGGCAGGCAUCGUCAUUCCUAACGAUGGGCUCUGUCACCUGGACAGCAAGAAUGAAUACUCCAUGUCAACUGUCUUGGAAUAUCCAACAAUUGGACAACUCAUUGACAAACUGGUGCAAAAUAACGUGUUACUGAUCUUUGCCGUAACCCAAGAACAAGUACAUUUAUAUGAGAAUUAUGCAAAACUCAUUCCUGGAGCUACAGUAGGGCUACUUCAGAAAGACUCUGGGAACAUUCUCCAGCUGAUCAUCUCCGCCUAUGAAGAACUCCGGUCUGAGGUGGAACUGGAAGUAUUAGGAGACACAGAAGGGCUCAACCUGUCAUUCACGGCUAUCUGUAACAACAGGUCCUUCCCACAGCAGAAGAAAUGCUCCCACAUGAAGGUGGGAGACACGGCUUCAUUCAACGUGUCUGUGAGUAUACCAAACUGCGACAGAAAAAGCAGGCACAUUAUCAUAAAGCCUGUGGGGCUAGGGGACAUCCUAGAAAUACUUGUCACUCCAGAAUGCAACUGUGAAUGCCAGAAAGAAGUGGAAGUGAACAGCUCCAAAUGCCACAACGGGAACGGCUCCUUCCAGUGUGGGGUGUGUGCCUGCAACCCUGGCCACAUGGGUCCUCACUGCGAGUGCGGGGAGGACGAGAUGAGCACAGAUUCCUGCAAGGAGGCCCCGGAUCACCCCUCGUGCAGUGGAAGAGGCGAUUGCUACUGUGGGCAGUGCAUCUGCCACUUGUCUCCCUAUGGAAACAUUUAUGGGCCUUACUGCCAGUGUGACAAUUUCUCCUGCGUGAGACACAAAGGGCUGCUGUGUGGAGAUAACGGCGACUGUGACUGUGGCGAGUGCGUGUGCAGGAGUGGCUGGACCGGCGAGUACUGCAACUGCACGACCAGUACGGACUCAUGCAUCUCUGAAGACGGGGUGCCCUGCAGCGGGCGAGGCGACUGUGUCUGUGGCAAGUGUGUUUGCACACACCCCGGAGCCUCAGGACCGACCUGUGAACGCUGUCCUACCUGUGGCGAUCCCUGCAACUCUAAACGGAGCUGCAUUGAAUGCCACCUGUCGGCAGAUGACCAGGCCCGAGAAGAGUGUGUUGACAAAUGCAAACUAGCUGGUGUGACCAUCAAUGAAGAAGAAGAUCUUCUUAAUAUAAUUUUCUUUGUUCCCACAGACUGUGCAAAACCACCAAACAUUCCCAUGAUCAUGUUGGGGGUUUCACUGGCUAUUCUUCUCAUUGGGGUCGUCCUACUGUGCAUUUGGAAGCUGCUUGUGUCAUUUCAUGAUCGCAAAGAGGUUGCCAAAUUCGAAGCAGAAAGGUCAAAGGCCAAGUGGCAAACGGGAACCAAUCCACUGUACAGAGGCUCCACCAGCACCUUUAAAAAUGUAACCUAUAAACACAGGGAAAAACAAAAGGUGGACCUUUCCACGGAUGGAUAGAACUACUUCAUGCACAAAAAAUGUCUGUUUCACUGAUAUGAAAUGUUAAUGCACUGCUUAAUUUUUCUUUCUUUGUUGCUUAAAAAUGAGCUUGGUUUAAGAUAAUAAUAGGUCAUUUGGAGAUCAGUCAUUCUCUGUAUGAAGGUUAGAGACUAUGUUGGCAGGUUCAAAAUAAUUAAGAAGAGAAAUACCUUAGCAAAGGGGUGACUGGGGAUCAUUUGAGGAAUAUUCACUCUGUUGCAUUAAUGCCUCAAAAAAUCAACAAAAUGAUUCAUGGGAGCCUGAUCUGCAUUUGAAAAAUGUUUGAAAUUAGAAUCUCAUUUAUAUCCAGAAUAUAGCUACCUGAGGUCUUUGCCUCAGCCAAGUCACAAGGCCCAUAUGUUCCCAUUACAUAUGCACAUUCUCCAACUUAUUCCAAACUUUUAGUAAAUGUGCCUUUCCUAAAGGAGGAUUUCUUUUUCUAAGAGAUUCUGAUUUUUACUUCAGCUGAAAGAAUGCAAUUCUCUAAAGAAAUCCCAAAUGUAAGAAUGAAAAUUAAGUGUUAAUUACUGUGGAUUUGUCUGAACCUAAAAGUCAGAUACACAAAUAAGUGUUUUAUUUGUUUUACAGAUGAGGAAGAAGUAAUUUAUAAUUUUAGGAAGUCACCAGUAAAAUAAAUAAAUAAAUAAAAAAUAGCAAGUCUAUCAGUUAGAUUAUUUUCAGUUACUUACCCCAAAAUAAACUUCUGCACUCAGAUCCCCUCCAGAUUCUGAGUUUUCAAACUAUUGCUUCUCCCAAGUUUCUCAAUCCAUUUUACUCAGUUUCACAGUCUUCUAACCCCUGUAAUUGCCAUAUGAAAGUUUUAAUUUCUUGUUAAAGAAUUACUUUAAGUGGUUAGUUUAUUCAACAAGAGCUCCAAUAUUACAAAAGGGACAACAUUUUAAGUGGUUUUAAAUCAAGCACAUCGUGAGUACAAAAGUCCCUCGUUGAGUAAUGGGUUUCUUUACCAAUAUUCUCUUCCCACUUGCAUAACAUAACGACAUUUCAGCUGCAUAUGGUAAAUAUGCAUGAUAUAUUUACUUUAAAAAGUAAGAUUUUACUUGUAAAAUACAUGGGGGUGAUUAGGGAUCCUUAGAUUGACUGAAGAGAUGGACACUGCAAAAUAACAUUUCUUAUAGUAAAUACUACUUUACAAAGCACCUUCUUCUUCUCUGAUCCUCGUAAGGAAGCUAGGGUUCAGAGAGUAACUAGAACUGGUCCACAAUCCAGAUCUUCCAGCUCCAAACCAUGUCUUCUUUCCACAGCAUGAGGCUGACUCCUUAGUCAGUGAAAUGAUAGAAAGAUCUUGUGAGUUACACAGCAACUAUCAUUUGCUGGACAGAACAUACAGCAUUUAGACUACUGGAUUGCAGGUGAAGUCUUGUACUUUUGUGCCCUGUUUAUUACCUUUGAGGAAAUUCCAAUGUGAAGUCUUUUGCUACGUGAAGAGUUCAUUCUGUAAUGGAGGUUUCAUGCUUCUCCACUGAAUUGGAGCAGAUUACUCCAUGGUAAAUUCCAUCAGUCUUACAGGUAGAUCUGUACACACUGAUUACUUUGAGACUUUAUUUCUGGUUUCUUAAUAACUCAGGUAAAUCUCACACUUGUGGAGUACCAGCUAUGGUAAAAAAAAAAAAAAUUACUAAGCAAUCACCCUGGAAACCUGAAGGGCUGACGUGCCCCCUACUUCCCGACUGAAGCCCACAGUCUGGGGGAAAUCUAGAGCAACAAGAAAGUUGCAAUUCUGAUGGCACAACCGUAGUAUUCACCUUGACAUGUGACAUUUCUGUAUUAUUACUGGAAUGGGAUUUUAGAAAAUAUAAGUUUUCCUCCUGUAUAUAUAUAGAGAAGAAUUUGCUAUUUGUCUGAAUACUGUUUUGACCCAGGGCUGGACCUUGAAAAGGCCAAAACAUUAACAGUAGUACUUCUGUUCACUGAAGAGUUAUGUUACAUGAAGAUAAAAUGGGUUUUGUAAGUUGUUUUAUUGUAUUUUGUGUUGACAUAAAUAAACAUGGUAAUUUAAACAAUGA